AAUAGAAUAGCUGUCAAUGUGGAGAUAAGUAGUAUAGAGCCGUAUUCGGCCAGGAAGAAGAAGGCAAAAGGAAGAGCUGAAUGUUCCACGAAGAACCCUGCGACGAGCUCGGAUUCUCAGACGUACAUCCACGUUCUCUCAGAGCAUGGCAGGACUAUAUCUUCAUCCUUCAGCGGAUGCUCCGCGGAUAGUCUCUGA